AAGUGAACGAGGUUUAAGGUUCAUUGGAUCUAAACAUGGCUUGGAGAAGUUGCUCCGUCCUGUUCAGAGUCGGAGAAGGACUUUUUCGGUGUUCCACCAAGAAUGGCAGCAGGUGGCCUCACAACGUCCAGCAAAAAUGUGGCUUCAGAAAAGCCUCCAGAAAACCAGAGACCAAGAAGGUGGAAGAGGAACUGGGAUCUUCAAGAACAGAGCCAGUUGAGGCUGAGGUCCACCAUCGAACAUCUCCAUCAGAUACCCCCCGAGCCAGUCAGCUCAUCAAACCGCUGGUCUUCACUGUUGGGUUUACAGGCUGUUCAUUUGGCUUGGCGGCCAUCUGGCAGUAUGAAUCUGUCAAGUUUCGAGUCCAAAGCUUUUUUGACCAAGUCCAUGCCGAUUGGUUGGAGAAGCUGCGACCUCAGAAAAGAGGAGACUUCCGUAAAGAGGUCAACCGAUGGUGGAACAGUUUGAGUGAAGGUCAGAAGACGGUCACAGGAAUCAUUGCUGCAAAUGUCCUUGUUUUCUGCUGCUGGCGAAUUCCUUCCCUGCAGCCCACCAUGCUCAAAUACUUUAUCUCCACACCUGCAUCCAAGGCUCUGUGUUUACCCAUGCUGCUGUCCACCUUCAGUCACUACUCCUUCUUCCACAUGGCAGCAAACAUGUAUGUUCUGUGGAGCUUCUCCUCCAGCGCUGUUUCAAUGCUUGGCAGAGAGCAGUUCAUGGCCCUUUACCUGUCUGCAGGAGUCGUUUCUACGUUUGUCAGUUACGUGAGUAAAGUGGCGACCGGGAGAAUCUGCAUGUCUGUAGGAGCGUCAGGUGCCAUCAUGACCAUCUUGGCUACUGUCUGCACUAAAAUGCCUGAGGCCAAACUGGCCAUCAUCUUCCUCCCAAUGUUCACCUUCACUGCAGCAAAUGCUCUAAAGGCCAUUGUUGCCUUGGACACGGCAGGCCUGCUGCUGGGAUGGCAGUUCUUUGACCACGCUGCUCAUUUGGGAGGAACCAUGUUUGGAAUCUGGUACGCCCUGUAUGGUCAUGAUUUGAUCUGGAAGAACCGAGAACCUUUUGUUAAAGUCUGGCACAACUUCAGAACUCAAGGAGGUGGAGGGCGAGGAGGAGGUGCUGGCAGCGGAGGCUCUGCCUGACAGAGAAGAGCCUUGUGAACAUGUAUAAAUGUACAGACUCUCAGGCCUGGUCCACAUGUUGGCGAGUGUUUUUAAAAAAGUUUUUUUCUGUGUGUUAUGAAUGUUUUU